CCAAUAUGGAAGAACUGGCGGUGGAGGUCCGUGGCUCCAACGGGGCUUAUUACAAGGGCUUUGUCAAAGAUAUCCACGAUGACUCUCUCACCAUUGCCUUUGAGAACAAUUGGCAGCCAGAACGCCAGGUGCCCUUCAGUGAUGUCAGGUUGCCACCUCCUGCUGACGCCAAGAAGGAGAUUGGAGAGGGCGAGGAGGUGGAGAUCCUCUCCAGAGCCAAUGAACAGGAACCUUGUGGUUGGUGGCUGGCUAAAGUUCGCAUGAUGAAGGGAGAUUUCUAUGUGAUUGAGUACGCAGCCUGUGAUGCCACCUACAACGAGAUUGUGACCUUUGAGCGCCUGCGUCCUGUCAACACCAACAAGGCCAUCACCAAGAACACCUUUCACAAGUGCACUGUCCCUGUUCCUCAGGAUCUACAAGAAGCGUGCCAGAACGAGAAUGCCCAUAAGGACUUCAAGAAAGCCGUAGGAGCCUGUCGCAUCUCAUACUGCCCUGAGACCAGCCAACUAGUGAUUGUGUCCACCAAUGAGACUACAGUGAAGCGUGUGUCUUUGCUGAGUGACAUGCACUUGCGCAGCCUCAGGACCAAGCUACUGCUAAUGUCACGCAACCAGGAAGCUACAAAACACCUGGAGAGCUCUAGGCAGCUGGUGUCAUCGUUCCAGGAGGAGUUUAUGGUGAGACCAGAUCUGAUGGGCCUGGCCAUCGGCAGCCACGGCAGCAACAUCCAACAAGCUCGGAAAGUUCCAGGUGUCACUGCCAUUGAGCUGGAUGAGGAGACUGGCACUUUCAGGAUUUAUGGGGAGACAGCAGAGGCAGUGAAGAAGGCCAGGAGCUACCUGGAGUUUCUGGAGGAUUCUGUCCAGGUGCCAAGGAACCUUGUUGGCAAAGUGAUCGGUAAGAAUGGUAAGGUCAUCCAGGAGAUUGUGGACAAGUCUGGUGUGGUGAGGGUCAGGAUAGAAGGAGACAAUGACACCAAGCAGCCCCGACAGGAAUUGACACAGGGAAUGGUCCCCUUCACCUUUGUCGGUACUAAGGAGAGCAUUGGCAAUGUUCAGGUCUUGCUGGAGUACCACAUCUCUUACCUCAAUGAGGUUGAGCAGCUUCGUCUGGAGCGGAUGCAGAUUGAUGAACAGUUACGUCAGAUCACCCAGGGUCACCGACCAGCUGACAGGGAGAGAGGAGAGAGGGGGGAGAGAGGAGGAGGGUAUAAUACAGACAGCAGUGCCAAUGCCUCCUCAUCCUCCUUACAUGUCAGUCGAUCCUACAACGGUCGCGGCCGUGGGCGCAGGGGCCACAGCUACAGCACUGGAUAUGGCACCAACUCAGAGCAGUCCAAUGCCUCUGAGACUGAUUCAGAGCGCAGGGAUGAACUCAGUGACUGGUCCCUGGCUGGAGAGGACCAGGACAGGGAGAGGGAGAGAGGCCCGCGGCCUCAGAGAGAUGGUCACAGGAGGGCAGGACCCGGUAGAGGCCGCGGAGGCCCUGGAGGAAGGGGAAGAGGAGGAAGAGGAUACACCAACAGUUCUGCAGCGCCUCAGAACCACGAGGAUAACCAUGCCUAUGCAGUCCUGGAGACGAACACGGAGACAGAUCAGACAGCCGAUACAGAUGCUAGUGAGUCCCACUUGCCUGCAAACCGCCGCAGAAGGUCUCGGCGACGCAGAACCGAUGAGGACGCCACACUGAUGGAUGGCAUGAGCGAGUCAGACAACGCCUCAAUGAGUGAAAAUGGAAUAGAUGACUUGGAAGCUAAACCUCAGCGUCGCAACCGUAGUCGCCGUCGCCGCAUCCGCCUGCCGGAGGAGAGGCAGCCAGUGACUGUGGCCGACUACAUAUCCAGGGCUGAAUCUCAGAGCAGACAGAUGACCACCAAGGACUCCAAGAAAAACAAGGAUGUGGGUAAUGUGGAUGCCAUCGCUGAGCACAGCCCACAGUCUGCCCCAGCAACCACCAAUGGUUCCAACAACAAUGCUGCCGACAGUGAGGGCAGCAAUACCACCAGAGCUCCCAGGUCUUCCACUGAGAGGCCUGCCAAAGUCUCCUACAAAGAAGACUCUAAGCCACAACCUGUGGUGAACGGACUCUCCUAGUCAGACCCCGGCAAAGGAAAUGGUUUCAAAUAUUUGAACUUCUUUGGCUGCACACAAUUGAAUAUCACUGUCUCUAGAGCAGCCUUAAAAGUGAAACAUUUAAAUAUAACAAGCACUGUUCUUUUUUUUACUUCACAAAUAUUUGAAACCUUUUUCAUUGCUCAAGUUUUAGAGGUCUGAACCUAAACUCCCUUUACACGUGUUCUGUCCAACUAUCCAUUUUAUUACAGUUUUGUUUUUUUACAAUAGUUCUUCCUGUAUGAGCUUGCCAAAGAUAGUCAAACACACACAGACUUACAGACAUCUCUACUUAACUGUAUUUUUCGGUCCACUCUUCAUUGAGAGCUCAGGGAGAGGUUGGACUGAAUGCAGUAUUUAUAAAAUGCAGACAGGGAUUCCACUCAAACCCAUACUGUGGUAUGAAUGCAGCAGUUCUUUUUUUUUUUUUAUUGGUAUAAAUAAUAUCAUAGCAGGGUUUUAGAAUAAAACAGUCUGACUUUUACCAGGCGGACCCAGAAAGAUGCUUCCACGACCUUUUUUCAGGAUCUUGUGCAUCUGAAGUAGUUUGUAACUUAAAUGUUCUGCAUGAGCAGUACCACAGUGCAGACAGGUUUGUUGGAAACCCAAGUACGUUUGACAUACAUGUGAUCAGCUGUUGUGCCUUGAGAGUAGAUUCAACAUGUUGUUGCCUGGCUCUGCACAUCAUCUGAAAUCCUUUCACUCAUUUCCGUGUUAUUCGGUUGCCUUCACCUGCCACAGUUGAACCAGUCUGAGCUGUCUGUCUGCUUGUGCUAUAUGUACACUUAAGGCACUGUAGGCAGGUGCAGGCCAACACUGGAAGACCUUGAAAGGAUUUCAGCAUAUCUUUAUUAAAUCAGGUGUGUCUAUUCUUAAUGUUUGUGGGGCAAAUGAGUCCAGUUAUCAUUUAUAUAUAUAUCUGUUGAGGAGUUUGACAUUAGCUGCUUUGUUUUUCAAUAUGCAACCACUUCGUUCAUAGAAGAAACGUUAUUACGGAGUGUCUGGAAAAGAAACAAACCAUAGAAGAGUUGUUUUCUUUGCACUGAAACAUAACCUUUUUUUUUUGUUUGUUUAAAAAGUUAAUUGUAGUCGAGUCGGGAAACUGGCCUGUUGCUGUUUAGUGCUGUACGGAGAUGUAGCCAUCAGUGCUGGGUUUCCUGGAAACAUCUCAUUGCUAAACAUUGGGCAGUUUUAUCAAAUAUGAGAGGAAAGAUACUGAUACUGCUUCCUCCCAGAAAUCCAAUAUAAUCAACAGAUUCAAUGCACAUUUGCUGUAUCUCUGAGGUUAAUAUCCCCUUUUAAUUGCUCACUAUUGCAGAAAUCCUGUCGAAGCCGUAAGAACCAGACUACCCUGGUGUUGAGAUGUUUCUGGAAAACCAAGCCCAGGUGACAACAAUGUCAUUUUCAUGGUUCUUCCACAGACUGGCUGGCUGGAAACUGGUCAUGACUGUUCCAUUAGGGAAGGAGAUUUAUUUGGUUUAUUUAUUUAAGAAAAUGUACAGUAUUUAAAAAAAAAAACAACAAAAAAAAAACAAGAAAAGCUUUUUCUUGACACUAAACUACACAUUACCUAGGGGUUA